CAGUGACUUGGUUUAUAGAGGGAGCAAAAAGAGGAAAAUCUGCUCUGCAACACAAGACGGACAAAAAAACAAGAAGGAAACUGACAGGAUUCGAAACACUGAUCAGACCUGAGGUGGAGCUCAGCUUGACCCUCUCGUGCAGCGCAAACCAGCCGGCUUGUUCCUUUUAGUUUUCAAGUGAAAAUGCUGUGGAGAUUGAGUCUUGUGGUGGCUGUGGUGUGCGUCGCUGGCAUAUGCGACUGUGUGAGGGCUGACGUGAUGAGCAGACUGAUCAUACCGAGGGACUACGGGGUGAAACUGUGUGGGAGAGAGUUCAUCAGAGCAGUCAUUUUCACCUGCGGAGGCUCCCGGUGGAGACGCUCCACAGAGGAGGACUUAGAUUCUUUACAGUGGGGUUCUUAUAGUGACAUUUCAGCGGAGGACAACCAACAUACCUUCAAAUCCGGUGCAGAGCUCAUGGCAGCUAACCACUCUCCGCUCCACAUCGGCUCCUCUUACUCCCUGGCAGACCUUAUAGCUCUAUUUGGGAUCAGAGAAGACAAGCUGUCGCUGAGUGACUUAAAGGAGAGAUCUCAGCCAUCCACAGUUUUAGGCAGGCAAGACAGGUAUCCAGCUGCAGCCAUACCGAGCAAGAAGAAGAGGAACUUUUCUUUGGGUGUAGCGGGGAAGUGCUGUAGCCAGGGCUGUACCAAGAAUGAUAUCGGACGCUUGUGCUGAGACGAUGAGGAGAGGGGAGGGAGGGACGGGGUGAUGGCAGAGGGGUUGACUUGAAAAUGUUGUGAUGGACGGGUUAGAAAGAUGAAUGAGGUUCACAUCUGCUGUUAAAUAGGCUAUAGUUAGCCUCAUAUUUUAUUAUAUGGUUGAAAUAUUUUAUUUAUUCUCCUCAACUGUAUUUUGUUCAAAUAAAGAUCAUGUUCUGUAUG